AAAAUAGAAAAAUAAAAGCAAAAAUGGAAAUAAAUAACUCAUCACGCGCGGUUGGUGUCAUCAUCGUCAUAUCUACCCGGCGCUGGAACACCGGUUCAGAACCAGACGCCAACCCAUCCCUAAGUACGUCUCCCCAAUCAAUAUCUCUCUCCCCCCAAUAUCUCUCUCCCUCUUUUUCUAUCUCUAUUUCUAUGGGAGAAAUCGGGAGCGAGAUCCGACGGGUGCUGAAGAAGAGGACAAAGAGGGGGAGAUGCUGAUAAGCAUCGCUCAUCCAAAAGCCAUGACCCAUUUCACGAGGUGGGUUUCGGAUCUCGACUGGCGUCUCCUCCUCUUGAUCGCUCCUCUUCUCUCACUCCUCGUCUUCUUCUCUCUCUCCGCAAGCAGCCCCUUCGCCUCAUUUCCCCCAAUCGCCUCCAUCUUUUACAAUCGAGCCAACUCGUCCUCCUCCUCCGCCGCCCCCGCUACCGCCGUCCCUAUUCUUUCCCCAGCACAGAGGGCGAGGACGAAGGCGGAGCUGAACGCGUCGAGAAUCGCGGUGUGCUUGGUGGGCGGCGCCAGGAGGUUCGAGCUCACCGGACCCUCCAUAGUGGAGAGAAUUCUCAGGGAGUAUCCCCGGUCGGAUCUUUUCCUGCACAGUCCGGUCGACCGCGACGCGUACAAGUUCUCGCUCCUGAAGGACGCGCCCCGGGUGGCCUCGGUCCGGCUGUUCGAGCCCGCGCCCGUGCCGGAGACCGAGUCGCAGCUCCGAGUCCUCACCGCGCACAACUCGCCCAAUGGCAUUCAGGGGCUUUUGCAGUAUUUCAACCUUGUAGAGGGAUGCCUCACGCUGGUUAAAGUUUACCAGGAACAGAACAACCUCACGUACGACUGGAUCGUCCGAACCCGAGUCGACGGGUACUGGUCGGGCCCGCUGGACCCGGGAAACUUCAUACCGGGUCACUACCUGGUCCCGCCCGGAUCCACCUACGGCGGCCUCAACGACCGCCUCGGCAUCGGCGACUUCAAAACCUCCGUCGUCGCGCUGUCCCGCCUUUCCGUCAUCCCCCACCUCGACUCGGCCGGGUUCCGCCACCUCAACUCGGAGACCGCGUUCAAGGCCCAACUCACCACCCAGGGGGUCCCCUACGUCGCAAAGCGCCUGCCCUUCUGCGUCGUCUCUGAUCGGAAAUACGGGUUCCCGCCGGGCCGGUUCGGCGUUCCGGUGGCGGCGCUCUCGAGCCCCGGCCCGCUUAGCGGGGCGAAGUGCCGGCCGUGCACGGAGGCGUGCGUUGGGCAGUGCGUGGCGGGCGUGAUGUCAGGGCUUGAGAGGGGGUGGAGCUGGACGGAUUGGGCCAACGGGAGCCUCCGGCUCUGCGACGCGCACGCCGAGUGGGAGAGGGGUUGGGAGCGGAUCUUCGAUCGGGUCGCGGGGAAGAAACUUGCCCAAGGCAGGAAACGGGUCAGAUCGUUGGAGCUAAAGCGUUGCGUUAAUGAUUUGGAGGAGAUGAGGCGGCGGUCUGCGCAUUGGGAAGCGCCUCCGGCGAGGGAGAUUUGUAAGAUGGGCUUGGCGUCGGCGUAGGGCCAAACGCCGUCGUGUUAGAUUAGUGGGGCACGAUACUACUGUAUAAUGGUUGAUUGAUGGGAGGGGUAUUUUCGGACUUGUAGAGUUUUUUUUGUUUUUGUUUGGGGGUAUUUUUUGAAGCAUGAUCGGGGCCUGCACUGUUAAUUUGGAUUGACACAAAUAAAAGAAAAAGGAAAAGGAUGUACAUAA